AACUUUUGUAGGCCCAAAAUACCCCUCCACUUUUUCAGCCAAAACAAAAAAAAGAAAAGAAGAAAACUGCGCCGCUCCAAUCCGAGUUCACUCGCACACACAGUCACACAGUGGCAACAACAACAAUCAAGAACUGCCACUCAACCCACUGAAAAGGGCCAGAAAAGAAUCGUCCUCGUUUCCUUCGCAAAGUUCUUAUUUUCACCUCUGCAAAAUUAUGCUCUUCACUCCAUCCAAAAGCCAAAGCAAACGUCCAACGCUUCAAUUCUGACAGUUUUAUCAUUCGCCGGCGUCUUACUCUUUCAACUCUUUGAUUCAGAUCUCCCAGAUUCUGAAAGUGAAAGUUGUGAAGUUCAGACCUAAGAGAAAUUGAAGGCGAAGAAAUAAAUGAAGAAGCUGUUCUUUUUCAGAUCCUCUUCUUCCAGUGGUAGCAAUAAUAAUAAAUCUUCCCCAACAUCAACUCAUGAGCAAGGAUACCUGGAUAUACAACCAGAUGGGGGGGAGAAGUCCAGGAAUAAAAAGCAAGUCCCUGAAAACAACACAGCUACUAAUGCUCCAUUUCUUCGAAGAAGCCGCUCCUCAUCAUCUGCAGCAAUCUUUGAUGGUGGCAAUGGUAGGAGAAGAAGUGGAAUGGAUCAACCAGAGUCUCCAUUGAGCACCAGUAAUAGUUCACUCAAGCAAUUGGGACGCCAUUCCUCUCGUCAUGCUAUGACUCCUGAGAGGCAGUAUCCUUCAAAAUGCUCAGAAGUUGCAGGUUUUCAAGCGGCACGGAGAACUGACAGGCGUGGUUCUGUUCCUUCUCCUGGAUUGCAAUAUGAUUCAUCAGACUGCUCUUCUUACAGUUCAAGUAAUGUUUCAACUGCAGUCUUGGACCGUUAUAUUGAUGGAGAACAACAACAGGAGAAAAGUGCAUCGCAGAGAAAGUUUUCCUCGAUUAAUGAUAUUGAAUUUGGAAAUGACCUGAUAGAGCAAGCUCCAAUAUGCCAGUUCAAUGGUUCUACCUCUCCAAACAUUGGUAGAAAACAAAAACCAAAGUCUCAGUCUUUCAGAGAGAUUGAUGCAGCAGAGCUUCAUUUUUCUUCAAGAGAUUGGGUGGAUGGUGGAUUCGGGAAUGAGUCUCCAAGGAAGCUUGCAAAACAUGUUGUUGAAAGGCUUUCACAGUCAAAAUUCUUACCAAAGAAAACUUCAAGGGAAUCAGAUUCAGAUAUUCCCAUUACUGUUGAAGAUAUUUACAGUGGAACCUUAAACAGAAGUCCUUGUGGAGAUUCUGGUAGAAUUGCUUUGAAAAAUUCUCCAGGGGAUGAGUCAAAAGAUUUUUCUGAUGGGUAUCUCUAUGAAGACACCACUGGUUUUGCAGAAAGGAACAGUUUCUCUACUGAUAAUUGUGAAUUCAUGAAUAGCAACGAAUCUGCUGUGGAUGUAGAUCAAAAGUUAUUCAGACAGUUUAAAGAGGCUGAGGAGCAGGCUUUGCUUUUCUCAGAAGAGCUUGAACAGAAGAAUUUUCGUCAUCAAUCUGAGCUAAGUCUUUCAUCAAUGGUGCAGAAUGUGAGGGGCUUGAGCAUUGAAAGAGCAAAUAUGGCUUACGAAAUUGCUACAAUUCUGAAGAAUUGGAUCACUGAUAGGGCAUCACUGAGAAAAGAGCUGAAUGUAGCUAGGGAAGAAUUAGAGUCAAAGACCCGGAAAUUGGAGAAAGAAAAAAACGAGUUACAGUCAGCACUAGAGAGAGAAUUGGACAGAAGAUCGAACGAGUGGUCUCUUAAACUUGAAAAAUACCAGUCUGAAGAACACAGGCUUCGUGAGAGGGUGAGGGAGCUUGCAGAGCAGAAUGUCUCUCUGCAGAGGGAAAUAUCUUCUUUUAGUGAGAGCGAAACUGGUUUAAGAAAUAGAGUUUCGUAUUUUGAGCAACAAGUUGUGGACCUUACUGCAAAAGUGGAGGAAGUGAAAGGAGAAAACAAAAAUUUGCAGCAAGAUUUGGCUGAGAUGCAAGAGAAGUACAGAGCAGCUGAAGAAGACCGAGACUGCCUUAGAAGAAACUAUGAGGAUAAGGCGAAAGAGUGCAAAGACUUACACAGAUCUGUUACUAGAUUGCAAAGGACUUGUGGUGAACAGGAAAAAUCAAUUGAUGGAUUACGGUCUCUAUGUGAGGAAAUUCAGAAUAACAAUUCUACAGAAAAAAAUAGCAGCCAUUUGGGGAAGUUGCAAAUGGAACAAGUUAGGCUGACUGGACUUGAGUAUGCUUUGAGGAAAGAGGUGGAAUCUUUACGGAUGGAAGUUGAUUCACUUCGUCACGAAAACAUAAACCUACUGAAUCGUCUGAAGGAAACUGGAAAGGAUGGUGGAUUCUCAACGUUCAAGCUAGAUCAAGAAUUAUGGAACCGUAUCUGUUGCUUACAGAACCAAGGCCUCUCCUUCCUCGCAGACAGUUCCCAGCUCUGUAGGAACUUACUGGAGUACAUCAAAACUAAUAGAAGCCACAAUGCAAAAGCUGGGCUAGGUGUUGACAGUAUGGGUUUGGAUAGCCAAUUUAUAGUUGAAAGCGAAGUAAAGCUCCAAGGUUUUAACAGAGGAUUUGAAAACUUAACCAAGAGUUUGUCUGUAGUUUCUACUGUACAACAUGAAAAAGCCACAGUUCAGCUUGAGAAAUCUCAGCCCAGUGUGACACCUCAAUGCUCCAUUGCAGGGGUUGAAUCAAGCCACCUGAACCACAAAAAAUCAGAGGAUGUUAUACUCUCAGAGCUCAAAGCAGAAAGUUUGAUGACAGCUCUUUUGAAGGAGAAACUUCAUUCAAAAGAAUUGGAGAUUGAACAAUAUCAAGCUGAACUGGCAGCGGCUGUAAGAGGGAAUGACAUUCUUAAAUCUGAAGUGCAAAAUGCACUCGACACCCUUUCUUGUGCAUCUCAUAGGAUGAAAGACCUUGAGCUUCAGAUAAUGAAGAAAGAUGAAAACAUCAAUCAGCUUCAACAUGAAUUACAAGAAUGCACAAAAGAGCUAACAAUUGUGAAAGGGAUAUUGCCGAAAGUGUCUGAAGAGAGAGAUAUGAUGUGGAGUGAAGUGAAGCAAUAUAGUGAGAAGACUAUGCUACUGAACUGCGAGAUGAAUAUGCUGAAAAAGAAGAUUGAGGCCCUAGACGAAGAUAUCCUCCUUAAAGAAGGACAGAUCACAAUUUUGAAAGAUGCCUUGGGGAAACCAUUUGAUCUGCUUGCAAGUCCAGAUCCUUCGGCUCAUGAAUUCUUGGUCAAGUAGUGAAUUGAUCAUCACUGUUGAAUAUGAUUGCAAAAAGUUGUGCAGAAGUACAGUUUAUACUAAUACAAGUUGUGUUCUUGUGAAUUGAUUCUUCAUUCCUUAAAUUCCAUAGGUGUUUUUCUUCUCUCCUUUUUUUCUCUCUUUUAUCCUCGAGAAACAAACACAAUGUUUGAUCUUGGAUCAACCCCCACGGUUGAUAUAAGUAUUGUUAGAAUCCCGUUUUGAUUGAAUUUACGGUAAUAUAAUGAUGAUAUGAAAGAUACUCUCUUCUUUGUGUAGC